AUGAGUACUUCAGCAAUCGAGGCAUUUGAAAAGCUGAAACAAACUCUAAGCUCAGAAACUUUACUAGUACGUCGUGACGUCAACGCUCCUAUAGCGAUUAUGACAGAUGCAUCAGACGUCGCCGUCGGUGCAGUUCUUCAACAAUUUUCUGCUGGGAAAUGGCAACCUCUCUCCUUUUUCUCCAAACGUCUAGACGCCACUCAAUCAAGAUAUAGUGCAUUCAGUAGAGAAUUACUAGCAGUCUAUCUUGCUGUUAAACAUUUUCGUCAUAUGGUAGAAGGAAUACCGUUUACCAUCUACACAGACCACAAACCACUAACCAAGGCCAUGAAUGCAAAGCACGAUAAGUACUCGCCAAGAGAACUCAGACACCUCGAGUUCAUUUCUCAGUUCACUUCAGAUAUUAGAUUCAUAAAAGGACAUAAAAACGAGGUAGCAGAUGCGUUAUCCCGCAUCCAUAUAAAUACCUUAGAAAAAGACCAAUUUGAUCUUAAAAAUAUGGCUAGACUGCAAACUAUGGACGAGGAUCUGAAAAGAAUAAAAAAUAGCACGAGUACUUCCUUACGUUUGCAAGAUGUUAUGCUUGAUGAAGGACUAAUUAUUACGUGUGAUGUUUCCAAAGGUAAACCGCGCCCUUUUGUCCCACUAGAAAUGCGAAGAUCAGUUUUUUCCAAAGUACAUGGCAUUUCUCACCCUGGCAUCCGAGCAACAGUUAAACUGAUAAGUGACCGAUAUGUAUGGCCGAAUAUGAAUCGGGAGAUUAAACAGUGGGCCAGAUCAUGUUUAGCCUGCCAAAAGUCAAAAGUACAACGACAUACAGUUUCGCCUAAUGGACAGUUUCCAGAACCUGAUGGUAGGUUCCAACACAUACACAUUGACAUCGUUGGACCAUUACCACCAUCUAAUGGCUUUACGUACAUUUUAACGUGUAUUGACAGAUUUACAAGAUGGCCAGUAGCUUGUCCCUUACCUGAUAUUUCUGCUGAAACCGUUGCAAAGAGCAUCGUACAAAAUUGGAUUUCCAACUUCGGAGUGCCCACCAUUAUUACUACAGACAGAGGUUCCCAAUUCGAAAGCCAUUUAUUCCAACAACUCACAGAACUACUGGGAAUCAAACGUAUACGUACUACUGCAUAUCAUCCCAGUUCAAACGGCUUAGUGGAGAGAUUUCAUCGUCAACUGAAAGCAUCAUUGAUGGCAGUGAAGGACGAUGAUAAGUGGAGCGAUAAAUUACCUCUCGUACUUCUUGGAAUACGUUCGACAAUAAAACAAGAUAUCAAAUGUUGUCCAGCAGAAUUAGUUUAUGGAACUACUUUACGACUACCUGGAGAAUAUUUCAACCCAGCCACUGAAGUUCCAACUGACGAAACUACUUUUGUACAACAACUGAGACAGCAUAUGAGUCUUUUAAGAUAUCACCCACCGCGACAUCAGCUCAACCAAGCAUACAUGCCUGAAAAACUAGAAAAUUGCACGCAUGUUUUCAUACGACACGACGGUGUAAGGAAACCACUUCAACCACCCUAUGACGGACCAUUCAAAGUAAUAAGCAGAACAAGCAAAAUCAUCACUGUCGAACGCGGAGGAAAACACGAGAUUGUAAGCAUCGAUCGAGUAAAACCAGCUUUCAUGGAAAUAGAGGUGACUGAAUGUUUACCCAAGUCAUCAACAUCACCUAAAAUUACGCCACAAAAUGAUUCCUGCUUUCAAGAUUCAAAAUCUGAUGAUAUUCCGUCUAGCAAAACAGAAAGAAUCACAAGAUCAGGCAGACGAGUACAUUGGCCACAAAGAUUUGUACAGACAAUUUAUUUCUAA